UAUACUGGCCCCGUCCGUGUGUUCGAGCCGUACAAUGGCCGCCGUGUGAGCCGACGUGCUGCGUGCCUCAAGUAUUAAUCGUCCUCAAUUUUCUCGACUUAAUUUGCCGGCUGAGAAACGCCCACGAAAAAAAAAUAUGCGCGAUGCCCUGCCGCGAUGGUACCAUUCGUCGCGAGUCCGCGCGACGACGAGCUCCGACGGACGACGUCCCGCGUCCUGACGGACCGUCGUCGUCGUCGUCGUCGUCAUCAUCAUCAUCAUCAACACCACCAUCAUCAUCGCGCGUGUGUCAUUGACGCUACUCGGCGAAAACACAGUGGUCGGCAGGACGCGACCGAUCGCGCCCGGGCGCAUCACGUCGUGCCGCGAAACAGUUGUUAAACUCACGCGAGAGAACCCCGACAGCCGAAGACAACCGAAGCGAACGGUUCUACAUUGCGUCCGGUAUUGUGCUACCUUGAUAUUCAGUGUCGUAAAGCAUCGUUCGUUAGACUGGUGUACGCGGUGUUUGUUACGCACAUGCUGCUCCGUUUGGAAAAGACAGCAACUAGAAAAUACAUGGUGCUAUGGCAGUCGCGUGUCCGACUGUUCGAAAAUCGGCUGCACUGAUAUAGGUAUUUAUGAUUCGGCCGCGGAUCUCGAAGAAGAAACGAUGGCAACGGAGGCAGAGGGGACCCCGGCGGGGCCUCCCUGGUACGGCAAGGUUUUCGAGUGUUGGAGGAAUCGGAAUCGAGUCGGCCCCGGCAGAAUUGAACUGCCCGAAUGCGAUUUCUUUAUCGUGGCACCGCGACGCACGCUGCGCGUUCUCAGGCCGACCCUGAAGAGCGGCUGGUACUACGAGAGCACGGCGACCGACCGGCCGGAGUCGGUCAACGACAAUUUCUUCAAUCGGUGGGCCAGGAGGCCGCAUCCGUCCGGAAACUGCAGGUGCUCCUUUCGUCAGUCCGCCGGCGCGUUGAGCACCACCGAGGAGCGUAUGAUAUCUGCGGAAUUGAACCGCAUCCGGACGAGUCUCUGCGAGGUCGAGAAGGACGCGCGCGGCAUCGAGGAACUGGAGCAAAGAGUCUCCGUGAAUCUGCAGAAGUUACGAGACAACUCGGAACUUGCAGAUUGCGCGAACGAGACGGCGGUGUCAUUGGCGACUGACCGCCAGCCGUUCGAACAGAGCGCGAAGCAACAAAUUGUCAAGGAUUUGGAAAGGUAUAUCAAUACACUUCUGGAAGAGGUACUUGAUGAUACUGUUAAGCAUGUAACUGGCGUGGAAAAAGACAGUGUUCAACAGUCUUGGCAGCGAACGAAAAGUAAUUUGAUGAAAUCGCAGCCCGAUAAAUCCAAAGAGAAAACUUCGACAAAGAAAGAUGAAGAUAACUCCUUUAACGAUAUCAAUUCAGUGGAUAAGACGCAAGAGGAAUGGACUACAGAAAAUGAGUGUAAAAGUCAAUUCGCCAGAGUUUCGAUAGGCGAGGGUUACGUGAAUCCCGCUUUCGUCGCUUCGACUGAUGAACUAGCCUCUCUAGAUUUCAAUUGUACCGCAAGAAAACACACAGGUUUGUACCUUGGAAUGCCGACGGAAAGUAUUCCUCCCGAGAAAUUGGAUUGCGUGGAUUCUGGAAUAAACAGCGUGGAGACCAUCGAGUUUCAGCUGCCUGAUCAAGAGCCCAGCUUUGAGCAAUCUCUUCUACGAAUCAUCGACGAGAAAUUGGGAAGAGGUUCUUCGACAAAUCGCUCGGAGGAAGAUAGUCCCGAGAAAAAUUCGCAAAAAGCAGAUGCAGAAGCAGAUCGUGGAACUGACUCCAAGGAGAUAGUAACUUCGUCUCAGCUCAGAACAUCGACUAAUUCCGACUGGAAAGUGGAGCGACUGGAAGAUAUCGUCAACAUGGAGGCUAAUUUUGAGAAACUGCGGCUAGAAUUCCAAAACAACGACAGAGACUCAUCUUCGAAUGACGAGACUGUGUCGAAGAUCGGCGUAAAAUUAACGGAAAGUCCUUCUAUCGAGCUCGAAGAUUACAAGAAGUGGAUGGAGUUCGAUGAAAUCUCUUCGCGGGAAAAUACCAAGCGAAGUCUCUGCGAGUCGGUAACGCUUCGAAGGAACAAGAAACCAACUAUAGUUUUCCUACACGGUUUUGGUUCCUCGGCAGAAAUCUUCGAGCAUCAGCUGCAGUAUUUCUCCUCCCUCGGUUAUCCCUGCAUCGCUCCGGAUAUGCUCGGCCACGGUAUGAGCUCAGCGCCCGGGCGCUCUAGAGAUUACCAUUUCGGCAAGUUACUCAAGGACUUGGACGCUGUUCUACACCAUUACGCUUUUAAAUCUGGGGAGAAGUGCGUCUUAGUCGCACAUAAUUAUGGGUGCAGCUUUGCUACAGCAUUAGCUUGUAAAUAUGAUAACAAUAUCCAUCAACUCGUGCUAAUAUCGGGCGGCGGUCCGACUCCUCUUACUCCGCCGAGCACGGAAUGCGCGGGUCAUUGCUGUCUCAGAGCGAUUCUUGCGCCUCUGCUGAUGUGCGGUUUUCAUCGAGAUAUUCUCUAUUCCGCGCGAGGCCGACAGCAUCCUUAUUGCGGCCAAGAGUCGAUGGAACAGUGGCCGUCGCACAUGAAAUACGUAUUAAAUGGCAUGAACUGGCCGCAGGGUGAUUAUGCCUUCCACAGGAAGAUAUGCACACCAACGCUUCUAGUGCACGGAUUAAGAGACAACAAAGUGUCGCUAGUACAGGAGUGUCAAAUGGAAAGGACAAUGGUGAAGGCUUUCCUUGAAGCUAUUCCAAUGGCUGGUCACAGUCCAAUGACUGAAUGCCCCCAACAACUGAAUCACAUGAUACAUUGUUUCAUAGAUUUGUGGAAGAACAAAAAAUGGCAGUAAAGACAUUUAGAAAUAAUGUCUAAAAUACUGUAUAUCGAAAUUGCAUCAACUCAAGCGAUUAACAAAACUGCUUAUCAAUUAAUUUAAUAAUCAGAUAUAAUAUUUAAACUGGAAAAAAGUACUUUAUAUUUUAUACUUUAAGAAGAUUCAAUUCGAUCGAAUUAAACGAAUAAGAUGAAUCAACGAAGUUCGUGCGGCCUCGUAAAAAUGUGCCAAGUUUUGUACAGAUGUAUACAGAAAAAAUGUACAGAUAAAAUUAAUGCAAAACGUCUCAUUUGUCUAGAUCACUAGAAAUAACUUUUAUAUAUUUCAAAAUUUUUAAUAUUCGAUGUAGUCGAAUAGCAUCAUGAUAUCAUAGUGAUAGUAUGUAAUCUUAUACUAUCAAGUAUAAAAUGUUCGAUUUCACAUUAAACCUACAUUUAAUACAUCUGAGAAUUCUUAUCAAUAUAAAUAUUAUAAAUAAAUUAAAUAAAUUAAUUAGAAAAUAUCCC